GAGAGAGAGACUUUUAAAGUGUCUACUGUCUUGUGUUUAUUAUUUGACAAUAAAAAAAAAUUAAAAACAAUGACAACAACAUCAGAGGAAAAAGAUUUGAAAUGUGAGAAUUGUGAGGUUUGUGCAGCAGUCAAAGCAAAAUAUACCUGUCCAAAAUGUGAGGUUAGAACUUGCAGUCUCACGUGUGCAAAAAUACAUAAACAAUCAUUACCUUGUGAUGGAAUUCGCGAUAAAGUUAAAUUUAUACUUAAAGAUAAUAUGACAGAUUUAGAUAUUCUAAGUGAUUAUCGUUUUCUUGAAGAAGGAAAUUUUAAAGCUGACUUAAUGCGUAAAGAAAGAAUCCAAAAAUUUACAAAUAACAAAACACCAUUAGUAGAUUUGCAAAGAAUUAAAAAAGCAGCACAACAAAGAUCAACUAAAUUAGAAUUUCUUCCUCAUAAUUUUACUAAACAUCAAGAUAAUACAACACAUUUAAAUUGGGAAACAAAUGAAUUAUUUUGGAAAAUUGAAUGGAUAUUUCAUCAAGCUGAAAAUUUAAAAUUCAUCACACCAAAAACUCUUGAUACCACUCGUCUGUCUGAUUUAGUUGAAGAAAUUUUAAAUUCAUCAAGCCUAACACAAGAAAAUAACAGCAUUAAAAACAUAAAAUUAUUUCAUGAAAAAAUUAAAUUUUAUCGAGCAACUGGUCUAUCAGGAAUAAGAGUACUUUUAAAAGCUGAAAAUGUUGAAAAAGCAUUUUCAAAAUUUCAUGAGCUUGAUGUUACAUCAAGUCUUCGUGAAAAUUUAUCAAAAAAAACAAUCAUUGAAUAUCCAACAAUUUAUUUAGUUCUAAAAGAUCAUUCUGAUAUGUAUGAAAUCAUUGAUUCAGAUGAAGAUUUAGAAGAUGAAGAAAUGCCAACACAACAACAUCAACAAAGACGUAGAAAAAAUAUAUCAAAUGUUAAAAAUCCAGUAAAUUAUUUUUUUAAUGAUAUGCAAUAAAUUAUUUAACAACAA